AUGUCGCCAUUUGCACCCCUCGCGGCCGAAGCCGCUCGCAAGAUCGCCUCCUACGCCAUCCUCGACGACCCCAAACACAUCUCCGUCGAAAUCGGCCAGGCGCAACACCGUAUCAGGCUGGUCAACUCAUGGCAGGUACCACAGGGCGGCAGAGUCCUCGAAAUUGGCUGCGGACAGGGCACCUGCACCGCCGUCCUCGCCGAGGCAGUCGGCCCCCGUGGCCACGUCGAUGCCAUGGAUCCAGGUCGUCCCGACUACGGCGCGCCCUUCACCCUUGCCAAGUCGCAGGCUCACCUGUCGGCCGGUCCGGUAGGGGACCGAAUCACCUGGCAUCACGCAGAACCCGUCGAGUUCCUCGCUGGCCAUCCCGACAAGAGGUGGGACUUUGCCGUCUUGGCUCACUGCGUCUGGUACUUUGACGCGCCAGACACGUUGAACAGGAUGCUGGCGGCGCUCAAGGGUCGUGCCGCCAAGCUGUUGGUGGCAGAGUAUGCCCUCACAGCCAGGGAGAGGGCUGCUGUGCCCCAUGUCAUGGCUGCCAUUGCACGCGCUACGCUCGAGGCCCAUAACCGGGCGAGCGAAGCCAACAUUCGCUGUCUCUUGGGUCCCGUGAGCAUCAAGGCCGCCGCCGCGCGGAGUGGCUGGGCUCUGGAGAAUGAAGACGUCGUCGUCCCCGAUGCCGCCCUUCUCGACGGGUCGUGGGAAGUCGGGACGGUGAAGAGCAAGUGGUUCCUCGACGAAAUUGACCAGCUCGUGACGGACGCGACGCUCAGGACCACGCUUCUCUCGGCCAGAGAGGCCGUCGUUGGCGCGGUUGAGCUGCUGAACGGUGAAGAGGUCAGGACCAUGGAUGUUUGGGUGUCUCGAUUCGGCCAAUGA